AUGAGUAGUUGCACAGGAAAUUCGACAAAUAAUUGUUGUACUGAUAGAACAUAUAUAUCAGUUUAUAAUCAUAGUAGAUGUUCUGACUAGUUAAGUUCUUGUACUGUACAUAGUACUAAGGAUAGUUGUACUGCUAAGACCUGUAGUAAUAGUACCACCACUUAAUUUACAUAAACCAAUUGGACAGCUUGGUUGAGUACUUGUACAAACAGUUAGGCAAUACAAUUCUAAUUUCAUAUUAGAAAUUUUCUUAUUGUUGGUUUUACAAUAACAAAACUGCCCCACAAUUAUUGA